AUGGCCAUACAGCUGCGUUACCCGGGCAAGGUGGUGAUCGUGACCGGCGGCACCUCUGGCAUUGGUCUGGCCACCGUGAGAGAAUUUGCUCGCCAUGGAGCCAACGUGGUCUUCUGUUCAAAACCAUCUGAGGCGGAAGUGGGACGAGCAAUUCAGAGAGAGCUGCAGACCUGUGGGUGCGCAGGGGAUGCUUGCUUCCAGGUCUGUGAUAUGCACAAGGAGGGUGACAUUCAGAAGCUGAUUGGAGCAACCAUAGAACGUUACGGAUGUCUCGACUGCCUGGUGAACAACGCUGGAGAUGGUCAUCCUGAAAUCAUAGAUGAUCUGAAUGCCCAGGACUUCAACAACUUCAUGGAACUCAAUGCCGUGGGAAGUAUGUUAGCUGCAAAGUAUGCACUGCCCUACUUGCGGGAAACCAGAGGAAAUAUCAUCAACAUCAGCGGCCUGAGUGGUGUUGGUGGGGGGAAGCAUCUUUUGAGCUAUUCCUCAAGCAAGGGUGCAAUUCUUGCAAUGACCAAAACCCUGGCCAUAGAUGAGAGCAAAUAUGGAGUACGAGUCAACAGCAUCUCGCCAGGUUUUGUCUGGACUCCUUUGUAUGAAAGGUAUGUCAGCUUCUUCCCGGAUCCAGAGGCCAAAAUCCAGGAAGACAAAUGUUGUCAGCUACUGGGACGUUUGGGGACCGCAGAAGAAGUGGCGCUGGCUGUCCUGUUCCUUGCUGCUGAUGGAACUUUCUGCACUGGUGCCAACCUUGUGGUCAGUGGUGGAGCCGAUGUUGGCUUUGGGAUAAAGAACCUGAUGGAACUUGAGCCUGGCCAUUGCGCAAAGGUGAACUUGAAGAGCUCCUCCACCAAGAAAUAAGGCUGCAGGAAGGGGUGGGGAUAAGACCCGAGGGAACAGCUGUCAUUCAUUCAAAGUCAUCCCUCCAAGAAGAGUUCCACAAAGGUGUUGUUUUAGCAAAAAGGAGGGGGAAAGCAGGACGUUAUGGCGUGGAGGUUUCGUGAUGGACUAGGACAACACAGCAAUAAUACUCACUGGGUGACCUUGGGCCAGACAUGGUGACACCCACUAAACUGUCACCCGGGGAUGUCUUCAACCUAAACGAAGAGCCUUGUGUGUCACCUUAAGCCUUGUUGGGGACAAAGGCAGAACCAAAAGCAUCCCUUGAAUACUAUCCCAUUCAAAUCUGCCCCAAAGAUAAAGAACAAGUAGGGUUGCUGCUUUUGAAAUUAUCCAGUCUCUUUGCCAUCAGUGUGAUCCUUAUCAAAUAUCAGGAGCUGUUCCUCACUUCCAGGCUACGAAAAGGCUCAAAUGUUCAUUUCCAGUCAUGCAGCCUCUGGUAAAGGGCCCGGGCAUUCUUCCCCAGCCAUGUUGGCAACACCGUCUGCAGGCCUGUGUCAAUGGAGGGGCAAGCAGGAAUUCAACGCAUGAAAGUGUGUCCAAGUCCCUGUAUCUCCAUGCAGGUCAAUUGUGAAGCUGAAGGGGCAGAAGCUUUGCCAGAAGGAAAGAUGGCAGCCGCACCUUGGUUUUGGCUUCACCUGGCCCACAUUCUGGGGUUAUAUGCAGGAACUAAGCCCUGGUAUUCCACUUCUUUAAUUAGGCUUCAGUUUGUCAUAUGUAUGUGCCCAAGGUCAGUGAGAUUGUGAAAUGGUUGAACUCCAUUAAGUGCUUCCUGUUGAUGUUUUCUGUGAAAUUCCCCUGAACCAACACCU